AUAUCUAAUUUUACACUAUACUACUCUAGUUCCGAUAGACACAUAUCAGGUUCAAGGUUCAAAUCUAUCAUUCACCACAGAAAUGUUAAGGAAGAAAGAGUGGGGUAAAGUUUAUGUUUUAAGAGUGGAGUUCCCAGCAUCAAUUUAAAACAAAUUUGUAAACAAGUGAGUGUGCUGCUUAUCCCACAAAAAUUUAUUAAAUCAAUAUGAAACUGCGGUUGGGAUUGAUGUUAGUGCUCGUAUCGAUAAUGGGGUGCGAUCGGUACGUCGUAGGUGCGAUUUUCAAUUAUAAACUACCCUCGUUUCAUUUAACGAGUGACGGUGGAGAUUUUCCAUACGAUAACGGCAUCGAUAAUUCGGAUUAUCCGAAACCCGUGUCGCAAAUGGUUUCCAUAAGUGAAGACGAAUUUACCGCUUUGCGUAUCGAAUAUAUCAAAAAUCAAAUACUCAAGAAGCUUCGGUUGAAGGAGAAGCCGCAAAUAUCAGUCACCGAUUUACCGACACCCGUGAAAGAGUACGAGAGUUUGCUUCCCGAUCAGGAUAUGAACCUGCAGAGUAACUACGACGAUGAUUUCUACGGGAAAACCACUCAAGCGAUUAUUUUCCCCUACGAAGAUGCAGCGCGUUGCCUCAGGAAAAUCCGAUUUCCUUCUGCGUGCCUCCCCUUCCAAAUGCCCAGGGAUAUCCGUAGCUCUGAAGUGAGCAGCGCGGAGUUAUGGUUCCACAAAAAGAAAGACACAAUGGACUCGCACAACCAAACUUUCGUUAUAUCGGAAGUUGCCCACUGGGACACGAAUAAAAGUUUCCAAAAAACCAAACCGAUCGCUAUCAGGGAGACCAGUUUGUCAGAAGGAUGGUUAAAAGUAGACGUAACCUAUGUCGCUAAAAACUGGUUGGAUUAUCAGAAUUCGCCAGUCCAUGCUAUCAAUUUGGUGUGCAAAACUUGUGGUGUUGAUAAGAGUCAGUCCCCAGUGUCGUUUUCGCCAGAACUUAAACCGUUCUUGGUGAUUUACACGCAUUCGCAGCAAAGAAGAUCAUUCGUGCAUCGCAGACAGAAGAGAUCGCUGGACUGCAAAGUAUCUCCAAACGAAUGCUGCAGAGAAAGUCUCUACGUCUCCUUCGAGGAGAUCGGUUGGAACGACUGGAUAAUCAAGCCGGAAGGCUACAACGCGUACUUUUGCAGAGGAUCCUGUACUACUCCCACAGCUAUAAUGAACAGUGCUAGCCACCAUAACAGUAUACUGCAGAAAGUUAUGGGAAAAAACAGCCAGCGAGGUGCGAGACCCGAACUAACUCCAUGCUGCGCAGCUACGCAGUUUCAACCUCUACAAUUGGUCUACAUGGACGGCAAUAAAACGCUAACGACAAAAUUGUUAUCGAAUAUGAUCGUAGAGACUUGCGGAUGUAUGUGAACAUUCGAUAGUGUCUUAAGUGUUGCGCCAGUAUUCAUUUCUAUUGAAAUCUGAAAUCCGUAGACGUCUACGGGUGUCGAGUGCGUAUUUCUGCGGCGAAUUUUACGUUUUUGUAAUGUCGCCUGCAGCGUAUGGAUGAUGAGCGCGUUCGAAAUCAUAUUUAUCGGUUCCUAUUGUAGGUUACUGACCUUAAAGUUUAAUAUAGUUAUCUUAAUUUAUUUUUUUCUUCUAAUCGAAUAAUUAGUAAGGCCGCCGAAUG